AUGGUCUCGAGUACGGUUUUUGUCGUCGCUCAGGUUGCCCUCGCCGCCCUUGUGGCCCAUGUUAUCUACCAGUGUUAUUUCCACCCGCUUGCGCGCUACCCCGGGCCAUUCUUGGCUCGAUUUACCAAUCUCUGGUUCGUCCUAAAUCUAGCCUUCAUUGAGCUAAGAUCCACCCCAUUUGAGACUGUUCACUUUUUUGGUGGUCAACAUCAUCUUUCAGAGCAACAUCUGCAUGAUAAAUAUGGCCAUGUUGUCCGCGUAGCGCCAAAUUGGCUCUCAUUCGACGACCUACGAGCCUUUGAGGCGAUCUACGGGUUUAAUAAAUCCGUCGAAAAAGACGACUUCUACGUGUUUGGUGGCCCUCCCGACAAUCGCGUGCCGAGCGUAUUCGCUCUUGAAACCGAUGCAGCUCAUCGUCAGAGGAAACGUAAGGUAGUUGGGCCGGCCUUGACGAGCGCAAAGAUAACCAGAUAUGAAUCCAUUAUAACCAAGCAUGUGGACCUCUUCUUUACGCGAACAGAGGCCGAGUCCUUGUCAGGACAAGGUGGCGAGAAGACCGUGGUGAACCUGGCACCGCUGGCUCAUCGAUUUACGAUGGAUGUCAUGCUAGAGCUCAUCUAUGGCCCCGACAGUAUCUCGCAUCCGUAUACCGACUCUGCGAUCGGGGCCACUAUGUGUUCAACCAUGCGCAAGUUGACCAAGAUGGCGUGGAGCUUCUCGCUAUGCCCAUCGUACGGCUGGAUCAUGAAUAGUCGCUUCAUUGGUACAUUGUUACGCAACCUGUCCACCAGCAAACAGGGCGGUCCCACAGAUAUUAUGGCGCUCAUGGCUUCGAGCCACACGAUGAUCUUUCGGCGUCCCAAACAGGUCCCUCUUGAUGAUUCUAGUCGUAUGACUCAAGAUGAAGUGUAUUCGGAGGCAGUCAACCUGGUGUUUGCCGGACCGGGCAGCGUAGCUGCAGCUCUAACAGCCAUGGUCUACCAACUAGGAACGCAGGAAGGCCUCCUCUGGCAGGGGAAACUACGAAAAGAGGCUGAUCUCGACGCGCCUCCAUUCUCUUUAGAGCUUCAAGCGGUUGUUAAAGAGACUUUGCGUCAUUGCGCCUCUUUCCCUACGGCCUUUCCCCGAGUCAUCAGACCCGGUGCCGAAAGUGUAGUCUCCAGCCUACCAGCCCCACUCCCCAGCGGUACCACUGUGUCGGCAAAUACCUAUGUUUUAGGCCGGUCGCGUAGAAUAUGGGGUGACGAUGCAGACCAAUGGCUUCCGCAGCGAUGGCUAGGGGACGAGUCACAACGUCGGGAGAUGGAUGCCAAACUGGUGGCUUUCGGUAAAGGGUCGCGAAGCUGCGUUGGUAAAGACUUGGCCUGGCUGGUCCUUGCAAAGGCGGUCAUGGCCAUCAUCCGACGCUGGAGGUUUGUGAGCGUAGGAGAGCUUCGGGGCAAGAGUUUCUUGGAAAUGCAGUAUGACGAAUGUUGGAUUGAGUAUGAAAAAUUGGGGUGA